AUCGUGCGUUUGAAGUAAAUCAGCUGUUGACAGUUUCAACCAAUCGAGAGCUUGACGUCACCAUAGUGACGUCGCUAGUGACAUACAGUGACACACAGCUUUCGAUUGGAUGAAACCGUCAACAGCUAUUUUACUUCAAAAGCAGCUCUCAAUAAAUCCUGAAUAAAUUCUACUAUACUCUACAUUACAUUACAUUACAUUACAUUACAUUACAUUACUACUAUACAUUAUACGGGCUUUAAGCUCACCCUACUUCGGCGCACCCGGCACCGGCAGGUGCUGGCAGGGUGCUGGCGCGUGUAUGUUGGGUGAGGUCGAUGAAGUGAUAUUAUUUCACUUACUUUCAUCAGUCUCUGUGAUAUAUAAGUUUUUAACGACAUAUUGACGAAAGUUAAUUAGGAAACAAACGUGUAACUGCCUGAAAAGAAAGAUAAGGUGACACCUUCCGAUAGAGCAGACCGUAUGAACUAUGAUGUUCCAACUGGGAAUGUUGAAUUGCUCACGUUUUGGAACUCGAAAGCUAAUGUUACCUCUUUCGUCAGGAAGUGUUCUUCAAAUGUGCCAUGAGAAGAUAGCAGCUGGAUUUGCUAGUAGACGAAUGUUUGUAACAAUUUUUUUUCUUUGCAAAAAGAAAUGGUUCUUUGAGAAAAAUUGCUUCUUCUCAACGGUUCCAGAAAGAGAAGAACCAUGGGUAUCAAAAAUUGGUAAUAGAUAUUCCUUGAGAAGUCAUACAUGUGGAGAACUCUGCCUUAGCCAUGUCAAUAAUAAAGUCAAAUUAUGUGGAUGGGUGCAGUAUCAACGAAUGGGCAGAUUUUUAAUAUUACGUGAUAGAUAUGGUGUAACUCAGCUUAUUGUGCCUGAUACUCGGAAAGAUCUUAAGGAGUUAUUGGAAACUCUUCCUUUUGAGUCUGUAGUUGCAGCUGAAGGAAUUGUUCAAAAGAGGCCACCUGGACAGGAGAACUUACAUAUGCCAACAGGUAAAAUAGAAGUUCAUAUAGAGAAGCUCAUUGUACUAAAUGUUGCGAAACCACAACUUCCAUUUAGUAUCAGGGAAUAUAAUCAGGCUAAAGAGGCCCUACAAAUGAAGUACAGGUACCUGGCUCUGAGGUUUCCUCAUCUUCAAAAGAACUUACUUCUUCGAUCUAAGUUCCUUCUGCGAAUAAGAGAGUAUUUGUGCAAAGAAUGUGAUUUUGUGGAAGUUGAAACACCUACACUAUUUCGGAGAACACCUGGCGGUGCUCAAGAGUUCGUUGUGCCCACUAGGGAAUCUGGUUUGUUUUACUCAUUAGUACAAAGUCCACAACAAUUGAAGCAACUGCUCAUGGUGGGAGGUUUGGACCGGUACUUCCAAAUUGCUCGAUGUUACCGUGAUGAAGGUGCUAGACCUGAUCGUCAACCAGAAUUUACACAAUUGGAUAUUGAAAUGUCAUUUGUUGAUGUCGAUAAUAUUAUUGCGCUUGUGGAGGAUGUUUUAAGACACAGUUGGCCUGAGGAGUUCAGGCCAUUGCCUGUACCAUUUCCAAAAAUGACAUAUCAACAAGCUAUUAAGCGAUAUGGGACAGAUAAACCUGACACCCGUUUUCCUUUUGAGAUCCAGGAUGUGUCUGACAUAGUUAAGAAAAAUCCCGAAAUUUUCUCCAAAUAUUUUGGAGAGAAUUUUUGUGCUGCUUGUCUAAUUUUCCCCCGUAAAAGUAUGUCCAAAACAAUGAUAACUAAAUACAAGGAAGAAGGCAAAAUUAAUUAUCCAUUAGUACAACUUAUGAUUGUACAAAACCCAUUAGCUGCAAAUCUAAAUAAAAUUUUGACACCUGCGGGAUCUGAAGCAUUGCGUGACAAGUUAAAGUUUACUGAUGAUGUUUUGGUUCUUGGUGUGGGUUCAUUUAGUGAUGUGCAUCAUUUACUAGGUCGUAUUCGUGUUGAGCAUGGGAAAGUGAUGGAAGAAAAAGGGCUUAUUUGCUUGCCUGCAGAUCAAUUUAAUUUUUUAUGGGUACACGACUUCCCCUUAUUUGAACCAGGAGAACCAACUGGAAGUAUUCAGUCAUUACAUCACCCGUUCACUCAACCACAUCCUGAAGAUAUAGAAUUGUUGCAGAGCAAUCCUUUCAAAGUUCGUGGUCUGCACUAUGACUUGGUACUUAAUGGAUGUGAAGUGGCUGGUGGGUCAAUUCGUGUCCAUGAUCAUGCUUGCCAGUUAACUAUAUUGGAAAAGUUGAAGAUCAAACAUGAAAGUCUAAAGCAUCUUCUUGAAGCUCUUCAGAGUGGCUGUCCACCUCAUGGAGGCAUUGCUGUUGGCAUUGAUCGCUUGGUGUCUCUCUUGUGUGGGACUGCAUCUAUCAGAGAUGUAAUAGCCUUUCCAAAAGGAGUGGAUGGAAAAGACCCUUUGUCAGGAGCACCAGCUGCAAUAUCAGAAGAGGAAAAGAAGUUAUAUCAUAUCAAGUGCACAGACUGGUAAAUAAUUUUUAGGAGCAGUUAAUGAUAGAGAAAAACCUGCCUACAGUGAAACCGCAUGGAAUUGGAAAACUUUUCCAUUGAAGGCAAGUUCCCACUUAAGAAAGGAGUUCUAAAAGUAUAAGUUGGGAACAUGACAUGUGAUAUUACAUAUAUAAUGGAUUUUAUUACAAAGAUAUGAUAAAAAAUAUGAUAUCUAUUCACACCAAUUUUGUAUAUAUGCAAAUAUUACAAUCCUUUUGUUGUGUCAAGAGCUAGCAAGACCAAUCUUUGAAGCCAUAAUGUCAAUAAGUAGGCAAGUAAAGAAGUAGGUCUACAGACCUUUGUGAGUAAAGCUUCAGGAAACAAGGUGUGGUGUUUGUUGAAUUUGCAGAAACACAGAGAUAAAGUUGAAGAUAACAGCUUUAAAGAAGCUGGUUAUGUCAAGUCCCUAGUAAAACACCAGUUAAAGAAAUUCAUAAAGGAAGUGUAUUUUCUUACUUUUCAUAUAAUCUCUUGUCGUUUCUGAAUAAUGCACUCGGAGACUUUGGAAAAUUUGUUUUUGGUUUAAUUUCAUUUUUAUUGCCGUUUGGCAGAUUCUGUUAAAUCUAGGAAAAUUAACAUAUUUUUCAGACCUGGUCUGGACCGGAAUGUUUUCAUGUUGAAGAUAAAGUUUCCAUUUAAUCCAGGGUUCACAGGAGGCUGGUUACUAGAUGUAUUGUGUCAACUACUUCUUAAAAAUCUGUUUUGCACUCAAAAAGGUUGUGAAUAUAAUACAGACAGAUAAUAAUACAAUAUUGAUUUGAAUCUUCAAAAAAACUAAAAUAGUUGUCUUAUUUAAAUUCAAGUACAUAUUAUAGAAACUGUUGCAUCUUGUUGACUGCUAAGUGAGAGCAUCUCACGUCUGACUACAACUAAAAAGUUUCAUUGAGUCCACAUGGUCUCAUAAUGCACAUUUCCACAGCAUUUUCUAACAAGAGUGAAAUGGGUUUAAUUUGGGAGUCAACAUGAUAAGACAUGAGUGAAGAUAAUUAAGUUAUUUCCACUCAUUUUUUUGUAAAUGCAGAAAUGAAAAUUUAAAUGUGCUGAACUAUGUCAUAAAAUAUACAUAACGCUUUUAAUUUCAGAUGUUUAUAACAGUAUUGCAGAAUGACUAUAGAUGUCAUAAGCAUUAAGUCAGCAGCAAUAAGCUAAUGUCUUCACACAAAGCCCAUGGUGUGUUUCUGAGAGACAAGAAUUUCAUGAAUGUUGAGAAGUUUGGAAAAUGUUCCUGUUCAAUAAAAUGCCCAUCAUGAUUGUAAAAUCUGUACUGCUUGUCGGGAACAUGUGAAUAUGAGAUUAAAUUUCUUUGAAAAUUAAUUAUGCCCUAUUUCUUUUGUUAUAAAUUAUAUUUUCAAUUUAUCAAUGUUUUCUCAAAAUUACAUUACAAUAAACUUGUUUUGAUUUUGAGUAAAAAGUAUCCAGUAUUGGCAGCUGAAAAAUUGAAUAAAUUUUAACAGCUUGUACUCUUAAUUUUGUUAAAUUAACCUGGCCUGCUUUAUUUUUAAAGUGAAUAGUUGAGUUGGUGAAAACAAGAUGGUGGGGGGGGAGGCUUCUUUUUUCUUAUUUGGGGAGGUGAGAGUGUCUGUACCACUGUAUAUUUUAAGAUCAGUGGUGACAGUAAUUUUAAUGAGAUAUCAUUCUUGAUUAGCUGCUCUCAGGUAAAUGUAAGGUUAUUAUUGUAUUUGGAUGAUUUCUUGUCCAUGUGAAUAAGUGUUACCUAGUGUGAGUUGCAAUUCCGACAAAGUAAAAUUUCAUAAUAUAAAAUAAUUUUCGUUCUGGCAUGAAUUUCUAGAUUUUUCUUUCUACUGCAAAACCAUUCUUCAAAAAUUAACAUAUCUUCAACAUUUGCUGGCCUAGAUGCAGCUUCACUGUUACCUAUCAAUCGUGCCAAUAAAAUCAAUAAUUUCCUUCAUUAUUUCUGUAGUGCAUUAGUACAUUAGUUUUGCUGUGGCUCUUCCACCCAAUCUACAUUAAAAAGAAAAAGUGGCAAACAAAAGAAUUUCCCAGAGGUGGAAAAUAUCACUUUUACUUUAUUUUAAUAAAUAUUAAAUAAUGCAUUUACAUUAGGUAGGCACAAAUGCAUCCUGCAUCACUUCCCAUAUACAUAACAGUGUGUUUCUUGACAUCAAUCUUCCUGAUGAAGUGGGUUGGACCAUGCCCUGACAAAGGGAUUUGGAGAAGGCUCUCAUGUGAUCCUAUCUUGUGUUACAUUCUCUCGCUUUUCAUUAAUCAUCACACUAUUCUUUUUCUGAAUGUGGAACUUCCAUGUGAUUGCUGGGGUAAUCUGUGUUGAAGGGAAUGGGUGAACUGGGAGUAAAGGGGUUAUGUAUCUUGCAUGCUGCUUUGAUGCUGGAACCUGGGGGAGUGGACUACAUCAGAUACCGAGUUUUAUGUGAACUCUGUCAAAUCCCGGUGUCGGUGGGAAUGUUUGUAUAUUGAGCCUCUUGUUGUGUGAAUCUUUUUCUAACAAAAUAUAUUUUGGGCAAAAUUGUAACAUUUACAAACAUAUAUUGACAGGGUAUAAAUAAAGGGUAACUUUUCCUUGGAGAGUCACACUAGACGUACUACUAGAACAGAAGUAAAGGCAGUUUUUGGUUUGUUGUAUCUUGCGGAAUCAUAUUGGAGUGGAAGGUAGAAUCUGAAGGACUAGUGAGCAACUGAAGGAACUGGAGUGGAAAUGUUCAGAACAGUGAUGUCCCUCUUCAGAUUUAAAUUUAUUUUAUGGUGUCUACAAUUUGAUGAUAAAAAAAAAGGCAGGAUAGAAAACUACAAAAUAAACUUUCCAAUUAGAUAAGUAUUCAAGAAUUUUUUGAAAAAUUUCAAGAAUUCUUGCACUAUAUCCGAGUAUGGUGCUGUCGAAAAACACAAACACAAACUUUUUAGAGGGUGUUUCGGUUUCGGGAAGCAUAUCCCCAAUUAACCAUCAAAGUACGGUAUAAAAACCUUUGCCUUUGCAGAUGCACAAACAUUUUAUACCAACAAUAUUGAGGCAUAUGUUGAGACACAGCCAGACAGGCUUUACAAAAUAAGUAACAAACCGGAAGAUGUGGUAAGACUGAACCAAUCGUAGGUACAGGACAUAACAUUACUAUAGAUAACUGGCCCAGUAGCUACCAUCUUUCAGAGAAACUGUUGAAGUUGCACAAGUUAACAAUGGAUAGAACAGGCACCCCGGUGUCAUACAUCCCCCCAAAAAAGUGUAAUGUUCUUCUAUCAACAAUGCACAACAUUGACAAAAUUGAUCAAACUAUUAGUAAUGCAUGGAAACCAAAAAUAAUUAUAUUUUACAACCUCAUGAAAGGAGGAGUAAUGUUGUCGAUAAAAUGUGUGCUUCUUACAGCUGUUCCAAAUGUACACAUUGAUGAUGGAAGGUAGUGUUCUACAGCAUGUUGACUAUUGCUGCAAUUAAUAUGUUUAUUAUAUUCCUGCCCAACACACGCACAAAUAUGAAAAGAUGACAGUUUAUGAAAAAAUUGUGUACUGAACUGAUAAUGGAUCAAUUGCAAUACAGAGCUUUGCAUCAUGUCUUCCCAAAGGGGUCAAAAACAGAGUGAGAAAACUUAUCAAUACAACACCACCAAGAGAAAAAAAACAGUAGCUGGAAAGUUAGCCAAAUUUGUUCAGUGCACCA